CUAGUUGAAAAAUUUUACCAUUUUGUGUUAGACAAAUAGAGAAUGAAGUGCUUACGUGCAAUUAUAAAAUCAACAUGUAUUAGUGCAUUUCAAAAACAUAUUAGAAAUUGUAGUUCUCAAACUGGAGCAACGCUUGCAUCAGCUGGAAAAUUGGAACCAAUGAUCGACCUUUCGGAAAAUCCCCGCGAAUUGCUUGAAAAGGAUGGUCUAAAACUGCUGUUGUCGCAUUACGGUUUCUCGGUUAGAGAUGCGAUAGUCCGAACUGAUACAGAACUUCACGACGUAAUUAAGCGUUUUGAUGAUAUUUGUUAUCAUACUGCACCGGAAAGAGAACUCAUUAUAUGCGUCAAGUUAUUACACACGUACAAAGGAUUUGAGUCGCCCAAGAACCUAACACCAUCUAAUAUAAAAAUGGCAGUUAUGUUAGGUUGGGCUUUCGAAUAUCUCACAACGACAUCGUUUUUGACGGACGACAUACUGGACAAGAAUACAAUGCGUUGGAAGAAACCCUGCUGGCAUACUUUACCGCAUGUGGGUUUGACAGGCUUGUGCGACGCACGAACAGUCUCAAUGGCUGGGUUCGCUCUACUACGAAAGUAUCUGAGGUGUCAUCCUUUUUACCACCAACUAAGCACACUUCUAGUCAAUUUUCAGUAUGAUAUUUACUUAGGACAGUCAUUUGACUAUGUUUCCGCUUCAAUGUUUAAAAAAAGCCGGGAUGCUAGUUUACUUUCAAUGGAUCACUACUUCACGACAGUGUGGUAUAAGACUAGUUCACCGGCAUACUACAUACCGAUAGUGGCAGCAGCGUAUCUGGCAAAUCUCGAUCCGCAGAUAUGUUCCGUUUCCCGAGAUGUGUUUCGGACUGUUGGUAUUCACCGGCAAGCUCAGAACGAUAUGUGGGAUGCUUGCGGCUACUUCGAUAAUAGUGGAAAAACUUCCACCGAUUUUACGGCGGGGGUAUGCACAUGGAUUACAGCAACCAUAAUGGAGCAUGGUAGCGAAGAGCAAAAAAACGUGCUACUGCAAAAUUAUGGGAGAACUGAACCAGAAUGCCAUGAGAAAAUAUACCAACUUAUGAGGGAACUAGACAUUUUAGAAAGAUACCGAAGCUAUACACAGAAAGUAAUUAAGGAGUGCCAAGAACAUACAAAGAUUGCGCAUCCAGGAAUAACCAGGAUUCUUAAUUUAAUAGUUAAAGAACACAUCGAUGUUAAAGAGAGUUUCAAUCUGUAACUUGGUAAAAUGGGUGGGCGUGGCACUUCUAAACAGUCAUAAGAAUGUUGAAUUAAUCAGUAUCAUCGUCAGGAAAUAGUUAUUUACCUAACAAGUUCGGUAAGUUAAUUUUCCCGCAUGAGCACUUUGUUUGCAGCACGACCGUAGGGAGUGCUGCAUUUAGUGCGAAUG